AUGCCCGAGUACCAUGCCGAGUCUGUGCGCUUCAGAGAGUUUCAAAUCUACAUCAUACAGGACCACUCCUAUGCAUUGCCUGCAUCUCCCACUGGUCUAAAGACCAGAUUCUGUGAAGCCUUGGCUAGAGUGGAGAGUCUGGAGCACGAGUUGAGGAAUGUGAAGGACUGGGAACGGAGGGCAAAGAAGACUGCACGUGAUCUUCUAGAAGAUCUGAAGGGAAAGAACCUUAUAAAUGAAGAUCUGAAAGAGAGACUCAGUUUCUACUCUGAUCUUCCGGUAGUCCUCCUACAGGGCCAUGAGUACACAAAAGAACAGAGGGAGUUUGCCCUCACUCUUCAUUUACAUGGUCCAAAAGCCUAUAACUAUUUGAGGAAGUCUCUUCAUCUUGGCCUCCCACAUCCACAUACAUUACAGAGGUACCUGUCUGUCAUGGGGUUCAUCAUCAACAUUGAUACCCUCAUGUUGUUGAUUCCUGAGCUGCUACAGUUUCAGCGAUAUGUCUGCACCUAUCGAUUUAGCCAGGAUCACUUGGAGCUCCUCUUCAAUUCUAUCUAGGCAUCAGGAGGCUGGAAUAACAAUCCUACUGCAAACCAGUUCCAGGGCACUUUCCGCCAUCUCAUGGUCCAGUGCGGUGUCUCACCAAGCAUUUCGGGAAAUGUAAUAGAACAGAAUGAGACUGUGUCCCUAUCGGCUGUUGAGAUGUCGUCGACUCUAGCAGCAGAAGAAUCUGAAGACCUUCCAUCCCCUUUUGUAAACAUCGCUGCACUUGGCUACCUGCCAACUCGUCUUGGGAGCCUUGUGGACAAUGCCCUUGUGUACAUUCAGGGUUUGUCGUUCGUCAGAUUUGAGGAAGCUGUCCUGUGAUGUGUGCUGUGCUAGCUUGGUGACAGAUGCUGUAUCUGCAUCAUUUGAUCAGAGCUACCACUUGCUUACACUGAAAAACAAUGGAGGACUGAUGAUUCCUUCUGAAGGUACAGUGAAGGUGGUCAGAUCAGCUGAGUGGUUUAUUCGCCAGUCAUCCUCUGGGAAAGCCGUCAAAGUGUCCUUGAUCAGUCAACUUGUCCGAGCUGAGAUUGGCUCAGAGGAUGUGUUUUGUCUCAAGGAGCACAUUGAGGAAACACAGUUUGGAAUUGACAACCAUCAUUUUUCUCUCUUGUCAUUAGUUGUGUCUGUCUUCCACAAACUAAGGAUGCACCACAUUGCCAAACUGAACACACUUACACUUCAGAGUGGCAACUUGAGAAAAAAGCUCUGCAAAGCAGUUUUUUUCAAAGGGUUUUAGCUCUUGCACUCUGCAACCCUACAAAGGAUUAACGAUUAUAGAUGAUUUAUAGAUAUUAUAUAGCUUUUAAUGUUGUUAUUAUUAUUAUUAUUACUUAUUGUACUAUUCAUUACUCACUAUUUACCUUUUUAUUGUCUAUAUCAUUUUGCAAUUGAUAUUACAUACUAUUUGAUAUU